AUGGAAAGAAGUCAAUGCAGACAGACAUGCGAACCACAGCAUCAACAAGUGCUCGACUCCCAGUGCAGGGCUGCCUGUGCUCACUGUGAUGCCUGUGAUGCCAGUGCCACUGCCAAUGCCAUGAAUGCCAACGAAGACUCGAAUGAAUCGGUAGACUCUAACGGACCCCUAACUAACACCGGGUUAAACACAAUUAAUUACGGAAAUAAAAGCAACACUUCUAACGUGGAAAGUGAUGUCAAUCUAUUGCAUUCAUUACGAAACAGAGUGUACGACAGUAUUCCGUCUAGUCUUCAAUCACUCUUCUCAUCGCCCCAUCAUCGGUACUCCAAUGAACAGCCGGUGCCACAGAACGUGUCUUCUUUGCUGUCAUUCGCUGCUCUCGGAAAUCACAUCAAAGGUCUAAAUGACAGAAAACAAUCCACUCCUCAAACCCAUAAUUCAUGGAAAAAGUCGUCUUCAGCCACAAACUUAGGGCCCGCGCCAUGGAUUGACAAAUCUUUCUUCGCUCCAUCCUCUUCUUCGUCCCAUUCGGGAACAUUGCCAUCAAAAGUUGAUGCAUUGGCCAAAAGCACCGGACCUGUUGACUAUACCCGAUAUGUUAAGAGAUUUGUGAACGCAUCGGAUUGUGGUUUUGGUUAUUGCAAAGAACUCAACUAUAGGGAGCACUUCCACUGCAUGGACUGUAAUUCAAGGGUUUUUGUCAAAAAAGAAGAGAUGAUUCGUCACUUUAAAUGGCAUAAAAAGCGCGAUGAGUCCCUCCAACACGGAUUCAUGCGAUACUCUCCCUGUGAUGACUGUUCCGAUAAGUUUCCAAACUGUGCUCACAAUCGAAAGCAAACUCAUUAUCAUUGUCUCAAACAAGGGUGUGAUAAGGUAUAUAUCAGUACAUCUGAUGUUCAAAUGCACGCGAAUUAUCACCGAAAAGAUACGGCGAUUAUUCAGGAAGGCUUCCAAAGGUUUCGCGCCACCGAAGACUGUUUAUUAGAGUCGUGCGUUUUCUUUGGCUGUACAUAUGUCCUGCACUCGAGCGGUCAGUUAUACUCUCAUAAAAGAAAACACGAGAGAAGAGAGAAUGAGUUGGCGUACAGGAAGUUCCGUUUGGCACAGAAUAUGAUCCGAUCUCUUAAUAGUGAUAAUAACACUCACUUAGCCUUUGGUUUUCUUGAGGCAAGUCUUUAA